AUGUCCCCCUCCGCAGUCGACAACCCGGUGCUUGACGUGAUUGUCGUAGGUGCCGGGAUUGCUGGUCUCGCCGCAGCGCUCGCCAUCCACGACGCCGGCCACAACGUCAAAAUCGUCGAGGGCGCAACCGUUCUACGAGAAAUUGGCGCCGGCGUCUUGAUCUCAAGCAAUGCGACCCGUGAACUCAUCCGCUGGGGGCUCGAAGACGAUCUGAGAGAUGUCAUUGUCCAGAGCCGUGUCUCGAGGGUGUUGAGAUGGGACAAUGGAGAUGUGCUGAGCGAGGUCAAAAUGGACCCGAGUAUUGCCCUCAAGAAGUACGAUGCACCUGUGUGGAUGCUCCAUCGGGCGGAUCUUCAUACGGCCAUGCUGAAGAAGGUGCAGAGCCUGGGCAUUGAGAUCAGGCUGGGGUCGAGAGUGCUCGACGCCGAUGUGGACACAGCGAGCGUGACUCUCGCCUCGGGAGAAGUCCUGUACGCCGACUUCAUCGUCGGCGCUGAUGGCGUCAGGAGCAAAAUGCGCGACAUCAUCUCGCAGAAGCCCGUGCCCGCGCUGCCAACAGGAGACUACGCCUUCCAGUUCGCGCUGGAGAUCGAGAAGUACAAGGACGAUCCAGUGAUUGCGCCGUUGGUGGAGGGCCAUGCCGCCACUGCUUGGUGGGGUCCAGGCAGGCAUGUUAUCGGGACAUUGCUUCGCGGCGAGAAGCUCUUCAAUUGUGUCGCAGUCUUCCCUGACGAUGGCUCGCUUGGUGACGAGCACAAGCAGUUGGGAGCAGACGUGGACGAACUCCGCCGGAACUUCAGCGACUGGUGUCCAGCUGUGCGCACCAUCCUCUUUCACGCAGACCCCAGGUCCAUCGUCAAAUGGAAGCUUCAGGACCUCGACCCACUCAAGUCCUGGCACCGCGGGCACGCCGUCCUCAUCGGCGACGCAUGCCACCCCAUGCUUCCUUACUUGGCGCAAGGAGCUUCCCAGGCGAUCGAGGACGGCGCCGUGCUGGCCCAAUGCCUCGCCAAUUUGCCCCUCGACCGCGUCGGUCUCGCAUUUCAGGACUUGCGAUUUGCCCGCGCCACGCAGAUCCAGCAGAACGCACGCAAACAGAAGACCGAGAACCACUACCCAGAUGGGCCAGAGCAGCGGGCACGAGACGAGAGGCUCAAGGAUCCGACGCAGGUGCGGGCGUGGCAGUGGGAACCGGUGGUGGGCAAGCCGACCAAGAACUGGAACGACGGGCUGUUUGGGUAUGAUUCGAAGGUUGAAUGUGAGGAGUACUUCAAGGAACAUGAGGCAGGACGAACAUUAGUGAAGCAGGCUGCAUAG